GCCGCUCCAAAUCGCUCCUGCGACCGGACGGGGUGUUUUUGAUCAGAUGGCUGCGACCGAAGCCGCAGACCUAUCGAAGCUCAAAGCAGCUUCCAUGGAGGAGGACUUGGUUUUGGACACCUUGUCAAUCUACACCAUUCGUCUAUUGUCAGCCGAUAUGGUGGACAAGGCCUCCUCGGGCCACUUGGGAACUCCUUUUGGUUGCGCUCCAUUGGCCAAUGCUUUGUGGGGCAAAAUCAUGCGGUUCUCACCAUUUCAAAGGUGGAUAAACCGUGACCGAUUCGUGCUUUCUGCUGGCCAUGCCAGUGCGUUGCUGUACGUCAUGCUCCACUUGACAGGCAAUGGACUGGGCGGCCCCUACGAGGUAUCGAUGGAGCGAUUGCAGCAGUUUCGCCAAGCAGGCAGCAGCACGCCUGGACACCCAGAGUUCCGAAUGACCAGCGGAGUGGAGGUGACUACCGGUCCUUUGGGGCAAGGCUUUGCCAACGCCGUAGGCAUGGCGAUUGCAGAAGCACAUUUGGCUGCACGCUUCAACAAGGAAGGCUUUGCGCUUUUUGACAAUUACACCUUUGUCUUGGCUGGUGAUGGCUGCCUGAUGGAAGGUGUAUGUUCGGAGGCCGCGUCGCUGGCUGGACAUUUGAAGCUGCACAAACUCAUCGUUUUCUACGAUGACAACAAGGUCACCAUCGAUGGAGGGACCAACCUGGCCUUCAGUGAAGACACGGCACAGAUCUUCGCAGCCAAGGGCUGGAAUGUGCUGCACAUUCCCAAUGGGGAUGUACAUGAUGCCGCUGUGUAUGAGAAGGCAGUGGCAGAGGCCAAGUCUCAGACAGAGAAACCUUCCAUCAUCAUCAUGCGCACCACAAUUGGCUGCGGCAGUGGCAGUGGAAUCGAAGGCAAAGCCAAAGCUCAUGGAGGAAAAUUCUCCAACAUUGAGGAGAUUCGUGCAAACUACUUUUCACCAGAAGGUCUUAGGAAGAGCAAGAAUCCGGUGGACCAUCGUCUCGCCGAAGUGAUCGAAGCAGAGCUGGGCUCCCUGAAUGGCUCGGGCAACGGGAAGAUCUUGCCCAAGUUCUACGUCCCCAAAGCCGUGCUGAAGAAGUUUCGCUUGCGCGGCGAUCAUGGCGACGAACUCGCCUGCGAAUGGAACCGGAUGGUGGGAAAAUAUUGCAGAACUUUUAGGGAAAGCGACCCUGCAUUGGUCCAAGACUUGGAGGACCGGAUGCGAGGGAAAUAUCUGAUGGAUGACUGGAGGGCAUCCCUGGACGAAUAUUUGAAGAAGGAGACGAAGGUGCUCGAUGCGAAACUCGGAACCUUGCUGAACAUGGUUGAGCCCAAGCAGGAAGAGCCACGGCCGCCCUUCAAGCGUCUAAAAUCUGAUGGCGCCAUCGGCUUCAAGAACAAAGCUGGUCGAAUCUAUGCCAGCGAAGUCCUGAAGUGUCUGGUGCAACAUAAUCCUGCCAUCAUUGGUGGUGCUGCAGAUGUGGCAUCUUCGUGCGGAAGUCAUUUCCCAGAUCUUCAAGGACACUUCCUUCCACCCUCUCGUGGGCAAGGACUUCAUGAUGCCAGCUAUGCCGGGAGGUAUAUCCACUUUGGCGUGCGCGAGCAUGCCAUGCUGUCAAUCUUGAAUGGUAUCUGCUCCUACUCUUUGAUGAUUCCUUACGGCGCCACCUUCACUGUUUUCUUUCAGUAUGGUCUUCCAGCCAUUCGCAUGGCCGCCAUCUCGAAGUUCCCCAUCUUCUACAUCGGAACUCACGACUCGAUCGAUUUGGGUGAGGAUGGGCCGACACAUCAGCCAGUGGAGGUCCUUCCGCAGCUCCGUGCCAUGCCGAAUUUGUUGGUCAUUCGUCCCGCAGAUGUGAACGAGACGGUGGGUGCAUUUGAAGUCAUGGCCGAGCAGUAUGCAAGCUUCAGGGACAUCAGCCAAUAUGUUGACCCCAAACCGCUGUCGCGACGGCCAAUUUUUCUGAUGACCUGCCGGGGCGAGCUGGGUCUCCCCUACAAGACCAAUGCUGGCAUCUCUGGCCGUGAAGGUGUCAAGAGAGGUGCAUAUGUGGUGCAUGACUGCUUCGACAUUACCAGUGGAUCCACUCAUGCCAGUCAGUUGCCAACUGGCUCGAAAGUGCCGGAUAUCAUUCUCAUUGGCAGCGGGCAAGAUGUAGGACUCUGCAUGCAGACCAAAGAGCUGCUUCUCAAAUGGUCCAGCGCUUUCUAUGAGCAGCUGCACAUCAGCUUUGACGGGCCUAUUCCCUUGCCGAUUUCCGUCAAUCAGCCUUGCCUCAAGAUUCGCAUUGUUUCCAUGCCAUGCUGGGAGCUAUUUGAUGAACAAGAUCAGGAAUACCAGGAGUCGGUGUUGCUGUCAAACUACACGGACGUGCUUUCCAUCUACGUGGAGAAGGCUGCGACCAAGAACACUGGCCAUGACAAAUAUGCUCAGUACAGCGUCCUGAUGCCUUCUUUUGGCCUGUCUGGAAAGAGUGCUGACGUCGAGCGCAAGCUCGAAUUUACUGCAGAUUUUGUGGCCUCAAAAGUUUGGGCUGCCUGGCUGGAGCGAGGGAGACAUGUGCCUCAAGCCGCAGACACUGGUGAUCGCGGCUUCAGCACCUGGGUCUCCCGCAUGCACCGGCGUGCUGGAGGCAAUUGACGGUAGCCGAUUCCGAUUCAGAGAACUUUGGGGCUGGUGGCAUCUGAAAGCUGGGUGCUACAAGUUCUGGGCCUGGUGGGGAGUGGCACUAAAAUUCUGAUGCGUUGCCAUUCCUUAAGGACUUUCCGAAGGUGUUUUUGAGAUUGUUU